UUUCACAGUUCCUCUAGGGACGACUUCCUAAGCAGUGAUCGCUGAAAGUUAUAAUUAUUAACAACUGGUGUAAUCUAUAAGACAGGUAUCUCAACAUGGCAACACAACUCGAAAGUUUAUUGCUUCCAAUGGCUAAACUGACAAUUUCUAAAGAAAAUGAUGGACAACUACCACUUGAAAAUUAUUUUCCUCCUUCCUUUGAAAUACAUGAUUACAAUGCUACAGAAAAUAAAAUUAUCACAACAUCUUCUCUUGAUGAUGAUGUCAAAAAUUGGCUUCGCAGACGUGCUAAUAAAAACUUUGUAUUCCAGUGCUUAUUAUGCUGCCAGGAAAUGACUUUUGAUACAGCCUUCUCAAGGGGGGACUAUAUUUUUAACAGAAGUCAUCUCUUGACAAAGAAACACAAGAAAAAAGUGAAUGAUGCUUUAUGUGUCGGAAUAUUAUUCGUUUCAUCACAAAAGUUCAUCAUGUGCCUUGACAGCAUUUUACAGAAAGGAAAUCUUUUUGAUGCUCUAAAAACUGUUAAAAGGAGAAGUGAAUUAGUGAUUAGUAAUCUGAUCAGAAAUAAAAUUUCCUGCUCAAACUAUUCCAUGUUUACUUUUGACAGAGCAUCAAAAUCCUUAUGUGAGAUGGAUACAAAGUGUGAUAUUGUUGAUUUUAUGAUAAGUGAUGUCCGACCUCUAUUCAAUUUCCACUGUUUACUGUGUGACAUAAAAACAGGGAAUUUUACUCAAGUUGUCGAUCAUUUAGGAAGUAAGAAACACAAACAAAAAUUGAAGGAAAACAAAGGUGUUAUUAUUUCCAUAAAGGAUUUUAAUUUUUUUGUUGCUUGUAAUUUGAAUGAACUGUCAAGUUUUCUUUUCUUAGAACACUUGAAUAGCUAUUUAGAAGAGAUAGUGAUAGCUUCUACGGGCACUAUUAUCAUUUCAGGAUGCCACUCAGCAGAUGGAAAGCAAGCUCCUAAAGAGGGAGAGAUUACCAUCAAUGUAAAACCUAUCCAAUUGCCCGAUGGUGCCAUAGCUCAAAAAUCUAUUAGAGUAACAACAAGAUAUAACAACUUUUUAUCAGAUUCAUCUGAAAAUGGAGUUUUAAACAAUAAAUUGGCAAUAGGAGAGUCCAGAAUAAAUAAGCAAGAAAAUGUUACUAUUUAUGAAUAUUCUAAUCAAGAUUUUCAUGAGCAUUGUAUGGAUAAUAUUUUGCAUGCAUUAUUUACUAUCGGUUGCAAAAUAUGGUGCUCGCGUUGCAAGAAAGGAAUCUUUACAUUACAAGCUCUACAAACUCAUUUAUCUUCUGUUGAACAUACUAAAAAUAUACGGAACAACGAGCAAAUAGGAUUUAUGUGUCAUGUUUGUAAAAUAUUUUUUAUAGAAUUAAAAGGAGAAAGUUUAGUUCACACACAUUCUAGUUAUCAAAAUAAAAAUAUUAUACUAAAACUUUCUCAAGGUGGUAUAAAAUCUCUCGAGUUCAAUACACCACUAAAUAGCAGUAUCAUUGAGGCUUAUGGUAAAGACUUCCUUGACAAUAUUGGAGAAGCAUGUAAAUUUUGUUGCCUGGCUUGUAAUGAUUUCACAAAGCAAACAUUACCAUAUUUAGGUUCUCAUGAAAUAAGUACCCGCCAUAAGAAUCUUAAAAAAACAUUAAUUUAUGCCAAAUGUGAAUAUUGCAAUGUCAUCUACAUUGACACUAAGCUUGACAAUAUUUCUGGGCAAUUCAAGUUACAUUUUGCAAAACAUCUAAAUGACAAUAAAGAACCGAUAAUUUACUUGAUUUAUAGUGUACUCGACAAUUAUACAACUUGCUUUCAAUCAAUUAUUGAUAAAAAUUUCUUCUCAUUCAAAGAUAUUGAACUUGAAGAAGAAACUAAAUCUUUAAAUGGUCGUCAAAAAUUGACUGUUUCAUUCAGCCAAAAUUUUACUCAGUUCGAUAACCCCGGAGUUUCCUCCAAUGAAUUUGUAAGAAAUGAAAGAUGGAAUAGUGAUGAUUUUUCCCGAUAUUUACAAUUUUAUACCAGUUUAACUGGAGAAAGAGUUGAACUUUUUGAAUGCAAUAUUUGUAAUUUGAAAAAUACUACCAAAACUGAAAUAUUCAGACACCUGUUCAUUUCUGAGCAUCAACUUAAUCAGCUCUAUACAAAAGAAAGUUUUCUCAAGAUUUGUAGCAUUUGUAGUCUGGCAAUUUUUAGUGGAAAUUUAAGAGACUUACAACAACAUUUUAACCAAAAUUGUCACAUAAAAGCAUUAUAUACAGUUAUAGGUUUGCCUUAUACUGCUGCCCUCACGUUUAAUGAGACAAUUUUGAGUUCAUUCAUGAAUAUUCCAAGAAGUUCAUUGAAAGCAAUUAUCCAAAGAAUUGUUUGUGAAAUGAAGGAAAUUUAUAGAAACCGUCAAAACAUUUUUGAUCAUAUAACUAAGGAUACUUUAGCAUUGAUGUCAAAUAAAUUUCCUAAUUUGUCAGUUACUUUCUAUGGAUCCCGUUUGUCAGGUCUCGCCAAAUUCGAAAGUGAUUUUGAUAUUUUCUUGAACAUAGAUAAUUAUUGUUCUUCAUUCAACUAUAAUGUUGCAGGCAAUGAUAAUUUGAAUAAGGUUAAAGAUUUGUUAUCCGCUCAAAACAAUCUAUUCAGAUUUGUUUGUUUUAUUGACUGUGCCGUUCCAAUCAUACAAGCAGAACACAAGACUACAGGAUAUCUCUGUGAAUUCAAUCUGAAUAAUCCUGGAAAGCAUGUUAAAACCAGUAAAAUAAUCAAGAUCCUGACUGAUCUUGAUGAAAGAGUGUUGUGGUUGUUAGCUGCAGUGAAGCAUUGGUCAAUUGCUACAAAAAUUAAAGGUACCGACAUGUUUUCUAGUCAUGCUAUUACUUGGCUUACUCUUUUUUACCUCAUGCAACCAGAUUUGAGAAUCAUUCCCAAUAUUUCUUUUGUUAUUGAUCAAUGUGGUAAUCUUGAUCAUCCCCAGGACAAUAGAGGUAUGAUUUUAUUCAAAUAUUAUUUAAAAAGUAUUUUAAGCAUUUUAAAUUCAUUUAAGAUAUGAUUAUUGGAACUAGUGUAGUCAGAAUUUCCUCACUUUUCAUUCCUGAGGAUUUGUAUUGAAAUAUCAAAAAACGUUAGUAAUGCAUCAUUAAUAUAUCAUGUCAAUGGUUAUUCGCACACAUCAAAUAGUAAAGUUUUAAUGGAGCUUAAAUUUCAAGUGCAUACUUGUGAAUUUCGAUCAUAUGUAUCAUCGCAAAAACUCAUUAUGUGCAUCGAAAUAACAAUUAUAUCCUAUUAUAUGUUAAAAAUAUAUAACACUGAGUACACAAUGUUCCAGUUUUACAGAGGGGAAACCCAUCAAAUACUUUUGUGCUAUCAAAUGCAAAUGAAACAUUUUAUUAACUAUGAUCAUCUCUAAUAAUCACAUCUUUGAUUUUACCUGUAAGCCAGGAUGAGCUAGAUAACUGUGGCCUUUCUAGGAUUUUAGGUUUUGACUUUUUUUUUUUAAAUAAGCAUUUACAAAAAUUAUUGAUGGAAUCGAAUUGAUUUAACGUAUUUAGAUCAGAAAACACCAUACUUAAUUUUAACUACAUAUUUUUAUUACAAUUACUUAGUUUUUCUUUUCUUGAUCCAUUAAGUACGCAGUAAAAUAACUUAAUUUAUUUCAUCCAGGUUGUCUUCUUGGCUUACAUCUCUUUGUUCUUAGGAUCGAUUUUCCCACGUGUUUAGUGUUUGAGGUAUUCUUUCCAAAGAGGCUUUUUUCUCACAUUACUGUUUUAACCUCAUCAGACCACCAUACUGUUCUCUUGUACAGGGCUCCAAUUGUACUUUCGCACCAAAUUUCAUUAGCCAAGUAAAAUGUUUUAAAGAUAUUCAAUCCGGUUCAUAGGAAUAAAUAGAACAGAAAGAACAUAAAACAUAGAAGUCAUAUUUUUAAAUUAAAAUAUUUAGCUUUAGCACUCUAUCAAACUUUAGAUCUCAAUGUACUUUACUGACUCUACUGACUUGAUUAUUUUAAAGUUCAAUGCAUGAAUACUUUAGAAAUGAGUACCAUUUAUACCAACAGUUACUUAAUGCCCUUUAUUCAAUUGUUAAUAGAUAGUGUGAUAUUGAAUCAGCUGCUCUUAAUUUUUACAGAAUAUGUUAUUGAAUGGAAGCCAAAAAUAAACAAAGAUAAGACAUGGUUGGAUCUCCUUGAAGGGUUUUUCAAUUACUAUUCUUUAAUGAGAUUCUCAGAGUACAAAUUGUUUCCAUCCAGUGGUUUAGCUGUUCCCAGAAUUCAUGGAACACAAGAAGAUGACCAUCCUAUGUUCAUGCAAGAUCCUUUGUAUGAAGAAAGAAACAUUUUGUUCAAUGCCACAAAAGAGAAAUCAGAAAAACUGACUGCUGCGUGCUAUCGUUCACUACAUUUGCCAUGGAGACUAAAUGACUGAUUUCUGUGAUAUUAUCAAGGCUGAAUAUUUUUAUAGUUAAUGUUAUCUUUUUAAUAUUUUAUAUAUUUACAUUAUUAUACUUACAUAUUGAAUUUUAAGUAUAAAUGAAAUUUUAUUUAUAUCCUUUUGUUACCUAGAUUGUAGGAGUUCUUACCCAUCUAAUUAUAUUUGUACUUGUUUUUAAUGAACAGUAGUUAAUUAUUUGUUGUUUUAAUUUGUAUUGAUUGUUAUGUAUCUUUAUAAUACUUGUUCAACAUACAACUUAUGUUUAACAUUACAUAUAACUUUAUGAAAGGAUUUAUUUUAAAAAUGUUUAAAAUUAAUGUAUUUUGUGACGAAGUCAUUAUUAUUUUUUCAACAAAAUAAAGUAUUAUAAAAAU